UUGAUGUUUUGGACUGAUUGGGGGAACCCACCGAAAAUCGAGAAGUCAGCUUUAAAUGGCACCAAGCGUUUUGCAAUUGUAACAACCAAUCUUACGAGGCCAUACGGUAUCACUCUUGAUCGUCGAAACAAACUUGUUUUCUGGGUGGACAAGGAAAUGGACGUAAUAGAAUCCGUGGAAUACAGUGGAAACAACAGAAAAAUCCUCUUUCAGGGACGAGGAAUGUUUUUUUGAGGAGUCACUUUUACCUCGUCGUACCUGUUCAUCAAUGAAUGGCGAAAAAGUUGGGUUUCCCAAAUGAAUGCCUAUAAUGGAACAAUUGUGAAUAAUAUAACAACCGGUGGAAUUUUUCCGAGCGGACUUAUCGCAUUUGACAGCUCGCUGCAGUUACCAGCAACCACGUGUCUAGCGUUACGUGCACCGACUGAUGGAGCAGUACUUGGAUGUCCUGGAAAUGCAGGAGCAAAUUAUGAUACAGUCUGUCAAUUCUCGUGUAACAGUGGCUAUAUAGGUUAUGGUUCUCAAGAAAGAAGGUGUCAACACGAUGGAACUUGGAGUGGAAAAGAGUUUGUUUGUCAAACUGUUACAUGCACGUUACCGACAAAUGGUGUACUCUUGGGAUGUAAAACAAACACAACAGAGAUGUCAUAUAACGCAGAGUGCAGGUUCUCUUGUAAGGAAAGCGUUGAAGAGAUGAGUCCAACGGUGAGGAUAUGUGCAGAAAAUGGAAGCUGGAGUGAGACCGACGUUGGCUGUACAGGUAUAACAUUUGCGAACACUUACUUUUGGAGAGCUUUUUUCUCUUGUCCUAAACGUAUUGAUGAUCUUGGAUAUGAGACGAAUCAGUUUAAGAUUCUCAAUAGUCUUUCUAAGGUUGGCUGCGAUUGUAGAUUGCGACAGUAGAUCUAACAUUGUGAUAACAAUCAUUUUUCUAUUUCCUACACGGGCUAUCUCAUAUAAGUAUGUUUCAGGGUCAAUCGAUGUAACUUGCGAUCUUACAACACAAAUCGAUACAAGAUCGUCAUUAGUCUUUUCAAAGUUUGCAGCGAAUGUAGAUCUCGAUGGUCAAUCUAACGACUUCGCAGCAAUCUACUGUGUGGCUGGCAUGCGCAUACAGCUGAUCCAAUACAUCUGCGCUUUGAUCACUCGAUUUACGAUCGUAGAAUGGAUCGUCUCUGCGUCGAUGUGUUCAAGACUCAGUAACGAUACAAUUGCCUGGUCCCUCUUAUUCACUUUAUCAAUGAUAUUGAUAAUGAAUAAGAGAUGACACUCGCAGCUCCGAGGACUCUUUAUUCCCUUUCAAAUACUAAUCCUUUGUUGAGCUUGUUUCGUUUACAGCGUAGGCUGUUAUUGCAAAACGAUUUACGAUUCUAGGCAUCUUAAGGCAUUUGAUCCAGACAGAGAAGUUACGAAGUCACAUCUAGCCUGCCAGAGAUUCAACUGACGGUAAUAACUGCAGGUAUGAGAUUCAACUGAUGCAGAUGAUAAUGUUUUGUGGCAUGAACCCUGAGGAAAUACAUGGAUUUGAGUGAAGAACACGAGGACUAGAGUUAACUUGGUUAGGAAAUAAGGUAGUUGUGCUUAAGUUGUCGAGGAGUAAAAAAGGCUUAAAAACAAAAGAAAAUAAAAAGCAAAGAAAAGUUGUUUUGAAAACUAAAUUGUAAUAUUUAGAUUUUAUUUCUCGUGCACAGUUUGAGGUUCGCUGAAAAACGAAGACUUUCAGGGCACCGAUAAGAAUACCUUACGACACUGAUCGUGAGAGAAGGACAAGUGGGGAACCCAUUUCAUGACCUAACGUAUGUAAACAAAAGAGUCACAAAGCGGGUAAUUUUCUGGAGCAUCGAUUUCGUUUUGCGAGGCCGAUUACGAAAUUUCUCUGGUAUUUGGCUCUGUUUAUACCCAGAAAAUAUAAACUUAUUCUCUUGCUUAUACUGAAUUUAUAUUCUUGUCAGCUUUGUCUUUGAUUACUUCUCAUGAUCAGAUUUUCCCUUUUUGUUUUUGCGCAGAGACCUAAAGAAGUCUCUCCCAAAGAAUAUAAUGGAACAAUUAUUUGCUCUUGAUUACUUGCUUUAAAUUGGGAACUCUAAAAUGGUCUCUUCUGGAGAUGCACGAUUUUGUAAUGAUUUACAUCAGAGUACCUCUUGACAUACUUGAUCGCUUUUUUAAUACCAUCGGGAAUGUGAGACUAAGAACGCCUAUUUACUUUAGUCAAUUUCCCCUUCCUCGGAAACGUCUCGCUCUUGGACUUAUGUGAUUAAAAAUAUUGCAAAAAAGAGACAUAUGGGGCCAUAUGUUAUAUGGGAGUAGAAAAGAAUUGAAAAUUUUAAAUUUUUUAUUGUUUUACAAUAUUUUGAAUAUUUUUAAAUCUUUUUCAAAAUAGUUUUUAACACCUUUUAAAUUUUUUUAAAAAACUUUAAAACUAAAUCAGUGAGCAGCACAGGAAUAGACGAAGUUGUGACAAAUUUAAAGCUGUGGCCUCCAAAUAUUUUUCUCGCCUUUCCUAAAACAUAUUAAGAAAUUUUUACAACUUCGCCUGUUCCUGUUUGUAAGUCUGGCCACACCUAAAUGGUCACUAGCCCACGUAAUAACCGCGAACUAUGGCUUAUAAAUACAGUCGUUUAUUUUUAACUGGUAAAACUCCCUGGAGAAGUCUACGCCAGACGAAACGCGCUAGAGAAUAAAGACGUUUUACGAAUUACUUAUUAGUAAUAAGUGAGUGGGUGAGUGAGUGAGUGAGUGUAAUAUUGAAUUCCGUUCUUGAUCCAAUUUUGACCCAAUGUUGCCUGGUGCUGCGCAACACUCGCACAUGAUAUAAAGUCUAGUUCUUUCCUUUUCCGAUUUCUGGCCUAUAGCUAGUAGCACAGUAUGUUCUCAGUUCUUGCCAUAAAACUACGGAAGACAGCAGUAGACGAUAAGCAUCUCACAAUCAUUUCAGGAUUGCAGGCGAUUAUAAAAACAAACUUUUUUCUUGCAGAAAUAUCUUAGUAGGUUAGAUCGACGCAUCAUAAAACUCAAGGAAUAUUUUUUUUCUUCAAGGAGAAGACAUUUUACCGUUUAAAUCGGCAGAUUAUGUUGAUCCGAAGGUUUGAUUUUUUCAGUUCUUGCGAGAACAGGUCAUGACACUACAAGGACUACAAAGAGCGAUCGCAUCUCAAAUUAAUUUCACACUGGCAUCCACCAUCGCAUAAUUUAUAUCAAAAAUUUUCCUGCAGAAAUAUCUUAAUAGAUGUGAUCUGCACAUCAUGGAAUUUUUUAACGAUUUUUUUUUAUUAUUUGGAAAGAGGGCACUUCACUAUUUCAAUCAGCUACUUAAGCCAAAAAGAACCGUAAAACUUGCGGAGCGAGCAACCUGUUAAUUCUUACCAUUUAGUUGUUACUGGUUGAACCUCAUGUAGCGUUUACGGCGACCAAAAUCUAAAUUCUCAAGUUCAAGGGCGUGUCG